AUGAAGACCUUCUCUACUCUUGCCCUGCUGGCUUCGGCCGGCGUGGUCAGCGCCGCAAACCAGAAGGCCAUGGAGCGACUCAUGGACAUGAAGCUCAGGGCCCAAGAGAGAAUGGAAAACGAAGGUUACUUCGAUGCCAAUAAAUACACCGCUUCCAAGGGAGUCACCAAGUGUGUCAAUGGCAAGGCCGGCGAAUAUUCAUGUGAUAAUGUCAACUUGCACGGUUUCUUGCCCCACGCCGAUAUUGGUAGCAAGACUAGGCGAGGAAAUGAUGUCUGGGGUUGGACCUCUCCGGACGGCCGUGAAUUUGGUGCUGUCGGACAUUCUGAUGGAACCGGAUUCGUCGAGAUUAUGAAGGAUGGUAGCCUCGAGUACCGCGGCAGAUUGCCAACCCAGACCACCAACACUGUCUGGCGUGACAUGAAGUUACUCAAUGUCACCAACCCCGGCGAUUUCGACAUCAAAACGGACUUGACCGCACAUUUCAGCGGUUUUGGAAGCUCCCACAACAUCGUCGCCAACGAAAAGACGAAGAUGAUUUAUGCCGUUGGAACCGGCCGCAAGACUCCCUGCCAAGGAGGCCUUUUCAUGGUCGAUGUUUCCAACCCAGCGAAGCCAACAUCACCAGGCUGCGCAAAUGAGGAUGGCUAUAUCCAUGAUGCUCAGUGCGUCAUCUACACUGGUCCUGAUUUCCGCUACUGGGGCCGUGAAAUCUGCUUCAACUACAAUGAAGACACCCUCACGAUCAUGGAUGUCUCGAACAGGCGCAAGCCAAAGAUUAUCUCGAAGACUCCUUACGUUGGUGCUGCAUACACCCACCAAGGUUGGUUGACCGAUCCCGUCCGGAUGGAAUACCUUCUUCUGGAUGACGAGCUUGAUGAGCAAGACGGAACCGGCGAGGCCGCAAACGGACACACUACCACCUAUAUCUUCGACAUCAAGGACUUGAAGAAGCCCAAGCACACCGGAACCUACCAGUCCCCGGCGAAAUCCAUCGACCACAACCAAUACGUCGUCAACGGUCUUUCGUACCAAUCCAACUACGGCAGUGGUCUUCGCGUCGUCGACAUCAGCUCUGUUGACAGAGACCCAACCGGCAAGAAAUUCAAGCAAACCGGCUUCUUCGAUUGCCACCCCGAAGAUGAUGAGCAGAAUGGCGAGGUUGAAUUCUUCGGCAGCUGGAGUGUGUACCCAUACUUCAGGAGUGGAUAUAUCUUGUUGAACAGCAUUGAGAGAGGCAUCUACUCCUUGAAGUACACCGGCCCAAAGAGAAAGUACUACGGAAAGUGGUGGCCAUAG